AUGAAAUUCGGGAAAGAGUUUAUGUCUCAAAUGGUCUCAGAGUGGCAAGAAGCUUACAUAGAUUACGCGUACCUCAAAACCAUUCUUCAAGACAUCCAAUCUUCCCGGAAAACUUCAGAUUCCAACGUCCAGACCAAACCUUCCUUCGCACGCAACCUAAGCAGACGUUACCACCGCGAGGCCACGUUCUCUGAGAAUCACGACAUCGUGGUCAACACUGUGACUCGGGAGCUCGAGACGGUUUACGAGACGGCGUUUUUGAAGGCCGGAGAAGCGGGUGGAGACUCUGAGGUUGCCUUCUUUAGAACCCUUGAUCGAGAAUUCAACAAGGUCAAUAGCUUUUAUAGGUUUAAAGUGGAGGAAGCGAGGAACGAGGCUCUGGCUCUGUCCAAACAGAUGGAUGCUUUGAUUGCUUUCAGAGUCAGAGUUAAGGAGAAGGACCCUCCUCCCUCUAACUCUGUCUCAGUAGACGUCAAUGCCUUAGCUUAUGAGAUCGGAUCAUCUUCCAAGUCUAAAGAACACAUAGUGACAUUACGUGAUCUUAUGAGAAACGACGAGGCAGCGAAAGAAAGUAUUCUUGAGCGAAUAAGGUUGAACAAAACACGGGAAAAUCCUCUGUCCGCCAUUAAAAACAUCCUCAAGGUCAGUAAGAAGGAAGAGCUCAGUUUCACAAAAGAGAAUUUAAAGAGAGUCGAGGAGGGACUUCAGGUAGCGUUCAUCGAGUUCUAUCAGAAACUUGGACAUCUUAAGAAUUAUAGCUUCUUGAACACUUUGGCGAUUUCCAAGAUCAUGAAGAAGUAUGAUAAGGUAGCCAGAAGACAUGCUGCAAAACUGUACAUGGAAAUGGUGGAUAGCUCUUACCUCACCAGCUCUGAUGAAGUUCAGCAGCUGAUGCAAAGAGUUGAAUCUACUCUCACUGAACAUUUUUGCAAUUCAAACCGAAGCCAAGGGAUGAAACUCUUAAGACCAAAAGUGAACAAAGAACGUCAUCGGAUAACAUUUUCCACCGGCUUCUUCUUCGGCUGCGCUGUUUCUCUCAUAGUAGCUCUUGUUUUGAUCGUCCAUGCUCGGAAUAUCCUAGGCACACAGGGACAAAGAACUUACAUGGAAACAAUGUUCCCUCUUUACAGAUUCUUCGGAUUUGUAGUCUUGCACACGAUCAUGUACGCUGCUAGUAUCUACUUCUGGAGGCGGUACCGUGUAAACUACUCCUUCAUCUUUGGUUUCAAGAAAGGCACCGAGCUCGGUUACAGACAUGUUCUACUUCUCAGCUUUGGUCUUGGUACACUUUCUUUGUGUGCUGUCUUGUUAAACCUUGACAUGGAAAUGAAUUCUCAAACAAAGGAAUACAAUUCAUUCACUGAACUUAUUCCUCUCUUCCUCCUCGUCCUAGUGAUUGCCAUUACUCUUUGCCCCUUCAACAUUUUGUACCGGUCAAGCCGAUUCUUCUUCCUCGCCGUUCUGUUCCGCUGCAUCGCUGCACCAUUUUACACGGUGAGUCUUCCGGACUUUUUCUUGGCAGAUCAACUAACAAGCCAGGUUCAAGCACUGAGGAGUAUAGAGUUCUACAUAUGCUACUAUGGAUUUGGGGAUUUCAGACAAAGAAGAAGGAACACAUGCAGAUCAAACAAUGUUUUCACAACAGUCUACUUCAUUGUAGCCGUUAUACCUUACUGGUUACGGUUUCUUCAGUGCAUCAGAAGAAUAAUUGAAGAAAAAGAUCUGCAUCAUGGGUACAAUGCCAUUAAGUAUCUCUUGACCAUCGUCGCUGCGUGUUUCAGAACAGCUUACACUCUUAACAGAGGAAGUACCGCAUGGAAUAUCGCAGCUUGGGUUGUCUCAGGAGUUGCAACGUUUUACGCAACGUACUGGGACAUUGUUGUUGACUGGGGACUGCUUCAAAGAGGAUGUAAAAACGUUUUCUUGAGAGACAAGCUUCUUGUUCCUCACAAACUUGUGUACUACGUUGCAAUGGUCUUGAAUGUUUUGUUGAGGUUAGUGUGGUUGCAGACAGUUUUAAAUCUGAAAUUCGGUUCCUUACAUGGAGAAACUAUAAUCGCACUUCUUGCUUGCCUUGAGAUCAUACGGAGAGGUAUUUGGAACUUCUUUAGGCUGGAGAAUGAGCAUUUGAACAACGUUGGGAAGUUCAGGGCUUUCAAAUCUGUCCCGUUACCUUUCAACUACCAAGAAGAUCGAAAUCAAGACAAUUAG